AUGCAAGAUGACAGUAUCAAGGAUAAGGCACUUGCAAAUAGAGUCAGUCGACUGAUUGUCGACGCAUUCAACAAUCUUUCUGUAAAGUCCGGGAAACCAGGCGUAAGAAGUAAUGGGGUUAAAGAAUGGACAGUUCUUGCAGGCAUCGCUAUGAUCGAAAUAGAUGAAACUGCAAAUUACAAAGUUUCUCCUAUUUGUUUUGCAACAGGAGUUAAAGCUUUACCAGAUAAGGUAAGACAGUAUUCCCAGGGAAGUAUGGUUCAUGACAUGCAUGCAGAAAUAUUGACAUUACGGUUAUUCAAUUGGUACUUAUUGAAAGAAAUGAGUCUUUUGAUUGAAAAUGACCAGUACAGUUCCCAGAUCAUUGAAAAAUGUGAGGAUGAAGCCAAAUUCAGUCUUAGGGAGAAUAUCGAGUUAGCUCUUUAUAUUUCGGAGCCGCCUUGUGGAGAUGCUUCAAUGACUUAUAUUGCCGAUGAGAGAGAACCCUGGCAAGAGACCAAGCCAGAAAAGAGACGUAAAGUAGACAAUGAAGGAACCGUAUUGAGAGGAAGAGCCAAUUUCGAUCAAUUGGGAAAGGUACGAACUAAACCAGGAAGAGCUGACAGUUUGAUCUCUUUAAGUAAAUCGUGCUCCGAUAAACUAUGCAUGAAACAAUUGAUUGGGAUAAACAAUUGCUUUACAAGUUACUUUAUGAAAGAUCCUAUAUUUAUUGAUUACUUGGUUUUGCCUCAAAGUAAAGCGUGUGAACGUGAUUUGACCAGAUGUUUCUAUGAUAGAUUUCAAUCCAAAGACCAUUCAGUCAAGUAUAUGAAACAUAUACGGUGUGAUGACGAUGGUUUUGAGUUUCAAAAGCCCGAAACUUGUCUGUCUAAAGUUGUACCAUCACAAUUAUCGCUUUUACGUGUCAUACCUAAUGGCAACACUCAAGUAUUGAAUAACGGAGUGAAAAAUGGUAGUUUUAUCAAGGGCAAGCCGCCAAAACCUACCGGACAAAGUUUCAUUUGCAAUGAGCAGUUUUAUUUAAUUGCAAAAACAAUUGCUAAUUUAGGUAGCUUUCACUAUUCUUCAUGGAAACUACAAAACCAUCAACGAGAAUCCUUAAAGGAACACGGAAGAUCUGUUCUCAAAUACUGGCCAAGAACAUCUAUUGAUGACUUCCAAGUAUGAAAACUUGUAAUGAAUUAUAAAUAUAUAUGUAUAUAUAGGAAUUUAGAAU